UACGUUGCAUUUAUGACGGUGGAGUUCCUCAAACUGUAUUAAUAUGUAUAUAUAUUAACUCUGUCUUUGGUCACCUAUUUUAUUUUAUUCAUGUUCGUUAUUUUCUCGUACUAUCAUCUGCAGACGCUCUCUUGCCGCAAACGUCAGACUUACACCACUGGCGGGAAACAUGUUUUCUAACUCGCUUGUGUCGGCAUGAUAGGUCGUCUGUGUUUGUUAACCAGAACGUCGAAGUGCAGUUAAGAUGAUGCGGAAAAGGCGAAGCUCCACUGUUGACAAUGCAGAGAAACACGCUCCCUCCUCUACUACGGCAAAGAGGAGUCGCACAACCGGGCGUCAGUCUAAGGUGUCCGCUCCAGAAGAAAGCACUGCAAGUGUAUUUAGUGUGUUUCUACGGGAAGCAGGUGUCACCCUGAAGCAAGGCGGCACACCCAACGAGAUCGCUGUUGACCAAGUGGUGUUUCAAAAGAGGAUACAAAAAAAGCUUCAGAAGAGCCCUCGAUACCCUGAUAUUGUGCAGGAAUUCAUCAGUGGUUUGGAGUCUCAUAUUGAGGAUGCUGACAGAUUUAGGAAUUGUCUCCUUCCGUGUGUUCCGACACUUCCCGAGGGAGACACCAGCUGUGUCAGCUCCUUCCAUGAGAGCCUGCUACGCAUGUUGUUGGGCAUUGAAAUGCUGCAGACUCUUAUCAUUAACACCUUGCUUGAGAAACUCCCUGAAUAUAUGCUCAACAGCAUUGAUGAUGCCGGGCUCUGUAUUCCACGUAUUAUCAUCAACCAGCUAAAAUGGCUCGACAGAGUUGUUGAUUGCAAGGAGCUGGCAGCCAAGCUCAUGGAGCUGCUGUCGGUGGCACCAGUGGAUGUCCAACAGGACAUCAUCACCAGUCUGCCAGAGAUACUGGAAGACUCCCUGCACAAUGAUAUAGCCCAAGAUCUCAAUUCUUUACUGAAGGAGAACACUCAGUUGACGGUGGCCAUCUUGGAUGCCCUUUCGAGUCUGAACCUCAGCUCCUCUUUACUGACUGAGGUUCGUGGAGCAGUUAUGACCACCUUGGCUGCUGUGCAAUUAGAAGACCUACCUGUGGUGGUCAAAUUCAUCCUGCAUUCCGCCUCAGCCUCUGAUGCAUAUGAGGUGGUGUGUAACCUCCGUAGGAAACUGGAACUGGAGCAGUGUGUUCUCCCCCCUGUGGUGCAAGCGUCGCAGAGCCGCUUCAAGAGCAAAGGAGCAGCAGUGUCCAAGUCAACUACAGUGGUCUGCGACAGCCAGGACAUCGUUACGCUGAUAGUGGAUGCUAUCAAGUCAGCAAUGCGCUUCCAGAAGGCUCUAUCUGAAGCCUGGCUAAAGGCAAUUGAGUCUGUUGAAGAGCUGGAGGACCACAAGGUGAUAGAUCUGUUGGUGCUGUUCAUCCUCCACUCCACCAAUGCCAACCACAGUCGACGUGGGGCUGAAAGGGUGCUAAAGGCAAAAGUGAGGACUGGCCAGAUCCCUGAGAUGUUGCUGCAGAAGACAUUUCAGGACAACACAGAAGUUUUGAGAGGGUAUUUCCCCUCCAUCUUAGCCCUGGCUCAGAACUUGCUGCGCUCACCUGACCCCUGCGUUGUUCCGUUUGGUGGGCACAUGUAUCGACAUUCAUUCACUGCUUUCGACUCUUACUGCCAGCAGGAGGUGGUGGGCUGUUUGGUGACCCAUGUGUGCAGCGGCGUUUGCGGAGAGGUGGACAUGGCCCUAGAGCUGCUCUGCGGUCUGGUUAUGGAAAACCCUUCAGAAGUGGGGCCGUAUGCAGUUUUUAUUAAGGGAAUCUUGGACUACCUGGACAACCUCACACCACAGCAGAUUCGUAGACUUUUUCAUCUUCUGAGCAGACUAGCGUUUAGAUCACAGCAAGGCUCGCACAUCCAGGAUGAUAUGCACAUCGUGAUUCGCAAACAGCUCUCCAGCACCGCGCCCAAGUACAAACGGAUCGGCAUCAUUGGCGCCGUGAUGUUUAUAGGCAGCAUGGGGGCGCUCAAACCCAAAACCAAAGAUAAUCAGAAGGACUCGUUGUCUCCUGAAACAUUCAGGCAGUUGUCAGCUCUGCUGGAGCUGGUGCAGUCAAGCAGUGAGACUUCACCAGAAGCUUCAGCUCUGUACUAUGAUGAACUAGCCAAUCUGGUACAGACCUCCACUCUGGACCCGCAAGUACAGGAGAAAAUCGGCAAGAGAGUCUUGGAUGACUUCCAGGCUGAGUUUGUUGUGGACCUGGGUCCAGAAAUACAAGACUCCUUCUCCUUCCCGGCCCGUGUCAUGUACGACCUGGAAGAGGAGGAGACUCAAGCAGUCAUUGCCGUCAACCUGAUGCCCUUGCUGGCCAAAGAUGUGCACAGUAAGGCAAAGCAGCACAAUGGAGACAAGAAGGACAACAAGAGUUCUCUUUGUUUGUCCCCAUUUUUUCGCCUACUACGGUUGUGUGAGGAGAAACAGAACCACGAAGGCCUAGAUGAGAUUGAUGCCUUGCUGGGCUGCCCUCUCAUCCUAACAGACAUGGAUGUGGUGGACAAAAUAGAGAGCCUUUCCAAAGUAGAGAAGGAGUUCCUCUGCACUUUACUUUUCCACACUAUCAACUGGUUCAGAGAGUUGGUAAAUGCCUUCUGCAGGCUGAAGGAAACGGAAAUGAAGAUGAAAGUGAUGACCCGUCUGCAGAACAUCACUUACCUUCAGACCCUGUUGGAGCAGGCUUUGGCUGAAACACCUGGCUACAUCCCACCUGUCGCUAACUUUGAUGGAGAGAGCACAGAUGUGAUACUAUCCAGCACCGCUGCUCCUGUUCAUAAGACAAAGAAAAAUGGCUCUGGAAAGAAGAGGAAGGCACCUGGUAAAAAUUCAUUGGAAGGCAACUCACAGAUGGAGGACAAGAUGGAAGAAGAUGAAACUCAGCAGGAACUGGAGAAGGAGAAAGAGAAAGAGGCCCGGCAUGGAGUCAACAUGGAGUCCUACAGGCAAUUUUUCAGGGAGCUUGACAUGGAAGUGCUGAGCGUGGUUCAAUGCGGCUUGCUCCCCUGCUCGUUGCUGGACUCUGAACUUCAAACCAAGAAACGGGAAGAGGUUUUGAUAGGUCCGGCAGAGCUGAUUUUCCUCCUGGAAGAUAUGCUUCAAAAACUAGAGUUCAGUCUCACAGCUGCCCCUGCCAAGAGACGUCCUUUCCUUAAGGUGAAAGCCGACAAAAACGUGGGGUUCUCGCACCUUCAGCAAACGAGCCCUAAGGAUGUUGCUGCCUUCUGCGUGCAGCUGCUGCCCGCCCUCUGCUUGCACUUGGAGAACUGUCAUAACUAUUUUCAGACGUUGCUUUCUGAGAAUGACGGCAUGGUGGACGGGCCCACAGUGGACAUUCAAGAGCAUCACUUAAUAUCUUCAUGCUGCCAGCUUCUCUUGCAGGUCCUCAACUCCAUCUUCAGCUGGUUUGGAUUCAGCCAGCCGGGCCAUCGAAGUUUACUGAAGAGAGCUUUAGGAGUUUUGGCAGGACGUCUCGAAGAAGAAGGACCUGAGCUGAACCUGGAGCUGCUUGUUAAACAUAGCUUGGAUUACCUACUGAACUUCCACAGCACUAUUCCAAAUCUCAGCUCAGCACUGACCUUAUCCCAGCUUUUGUCCACUGUGGCAGAGAAAGGAGGGAACCCCUUUGCCUUCAAGGAGCAGAACGCGUCUCUUGCUCGGGGCUUCUUAACCCAGCAAUGGAUGACAGUCAGUGGGGAGAAGCAACGAGGGAAUAAAUUCAAUGAAGCGCUUCAGGCUCUCCUAAGCAUUUACCUGAGGCAUGUUGACGACGUUUUAAAGGCAGUGGAGGAAAUAACCCAAGAAGGAUUAUCUCAAAUUAUCAAUGCCUCAAAAGAUGAGAGCUCUGCCGCUUGGCCGACCCUCAGCAAGCAGACGUUCCUGGUGUUCUAUAAAGUCUUGAUGACGGAGCUGGAAAAAUCAGUCCGGAGGAUUCCAAUAGGCAAAAGCAGUGACAGCAGUGAGAACAGGCCCGCCGGCGACUCAUCUGGUCCUUACGGGCGACCUGGUGCCCGCGGGCACCGCGUUGGUGACCUCUGCUCUAGAUCAACAGCUCAGAGUGAGAAGCUGCUGACAUGGAACCUGGCAGUGCGGGACUUUCACAUCCUGGUCAACCUGGUGAAGGUGUUUGAUUCAAGGUCUGUCGUCAACGUGUGUUUGAAGUAUGGACGCCUGUUCCUAGAGUCUUUCCUGAAGUUGGGGAUGCCGCUCCUGGACUUUAGUUUUAAAAGGCACAAGGAGGAUGUCCAGAACCUGUUGAAGACCUUCCAGCUCAGUACUCGCCAGCUCCAUCACAUGUGUGGACAUUCCAAGAUUCGCCAGGAUACUAGCUUGACCAACCACGUGCCGGCCGUGAAGAAGAGUCUGGAGCUGUUUGUUUACAGAGUGAAGGCCAUGCUCACCCUCAACAACUGUCAGGAAGCGUUUUGGAUCGGCAACCUAAAAAAUCGCAACCUGAAGGGCGAAGAGAUUCUUUCUCAAAGGUGCCAAGAAAGUGAAGAGGAGGAGGAAGAGGAGCAGCAGCCGCCUGCACAGGAUCUAUCAGAGGAAGAGAUCCCCUCCAGCUCCAACUCCGUCUCUCCUCCUGGCUGCUGCUUAUAACAGAGCGACAGGUGAUUAGAUAACAAGUCCCAGGAGCAAGGCAACGACACAGAGACACUAAGUAAGGUCAACAGAGAGGAGAAUGGAGCUCAGGAUGACACAGAUGAAUCUGAUUGAAUCAGGAAAAAAAGAUUUCAAAAUGUGUACAUUUCUACUACCAGUAUGUGU